UUUAAUUCGAUCCAUUAGAUUUUUGCGAAGGCCCAUGCUAUAUCUCUCGACGAAAAUUGCGGAAAACCCUAGAUCCCCAAUUCUCUCUAUCUCUCGACGAACCCUAACCUUAACCCGACCACUUUCUCUCCGAUUCGACCACUUUCUCUCCGAUUCUCUCUCAAUCUAUCACAAUCUCUACAAAUCUCGUCAAUUCUACUUCUUUUAUCCCUAAUCGAUGGCUCCUCAGGUUCGUGGUGGAAAAUCCAAAGGAAGAGGAAGAGGAAGGGGACCGAAGUCUCCGGCGAAGCGACCCGUUGUCCCAACUCGACCCACAUCUUCCGGUGUGUCGACUCGAAGGCCUAGAAGCCUUGCGAUUCUCAUCGAGUUUUGUUUUUUUGGUUAGUGGGUUGUUAUUAAGGUGAGAAUCGAAUUUGAAGAUGGCGAGCGAAAGCCCUGAUGUUGUUGUUGUAGCUCCCGUGGUGGAGAAUGGCGGCGCUGAAUCCUCUAAUGGAAAAGAUGAACAAUUGGAAUCUGAGCUUUCGAAGAAGCUUGAGAUUGCAGAAGAUGGUAAAGAGGACAACGAUGAAGAUGAAGGAAGCAAAGGUGAGACUUCAACGAAGAAGAAGAAGAAAAAUAAAAGCAAGAAGAAGAAGGAACUCCCUCAACAGACUAAUCCACCUUCGAUUCCUGUCGUUGAGCUCUUCCCAUCUGGAGAGUUUCCUGAAGUAAUCUGUGGAGAACAACAUCUGAAGAGAAGAGAGAGUUGGAGCGUUUGGAAAAGCCAAUAUAUAACUCUGUUCGCCAAGCUGCAGAAGUUCAUCGCCAAGUUCACUUCUUUUUCACUAAAUGACCACAUAUUAGAGUUUUUUCGUGGCCUCUUUUUUUGCAGCCGUCUGAAAGAUCAUUUUCUUAAAAGGGCGAUCUUAAAAUGGCGGACUGGAGUAAAUUUCUUUUACAAUAAACCAGUCCAAAAUCUAGGAAAAAUAUUGAAGAAGAUAGAUUGGUGACCAUGAUGAUCAACGACGUCUAAGCUGUUUCUGCGUCAUUUGGUCUUCUUUGUAUUGCUCUGAAGAGUUGUUUCGUACUUGAGAUUUAGGGAUUUCGUUUUGACAAUGGAGGAGAUGCCAAGAGGAGUACUUACGUGGCAAGACGAGUUAGCUAGUCUCAUGGACGGAGGUGUACAAUACGAUUGAUCUGACGGCGGAUUCUGAAUCAAGGUCAAAGAGUUUGGGUUUCGGGUAUGUUUGUAUUUAUGUCUUGUGAACUUGAUAUUUUGGACUUGUACUUUUGGUCUUGUGAACUUGUAUGUUUUUUUUAUUAAGAACUUCUUUUAAUUCAAAAGUAGUUUUUGUA